AUCACACUGCUCAUUGACACACAUGCACAUUAACACACAUACACGUGUUGAUUACAUAAUUUUGUUCUCUGUCAAACAGCUGCGAAAAAGCCUUUUUUUCUAUUGCACCUUCCCUUAUUUAUCAGUGUUGCCAAUAUGAUGAUAAGCAUCGCUCUAAUAUGGGCAGUGAUGGUGGGGUUCUGCUGCGUCCUUUGGCUGGCUGUGGGGACACGACGCAGGCAGCCUGGGGAGCCUGCACUUGAAAAUGGCUUAAUACCCUAUCUUGGUUGUGCUCUACAAUUUGGAGCCAACCCUCUUCAGUUCCUCCAUGGCCGGCAGAAGAAGUAUGGCCACAUUUUCACCAGCAAGAUUGCGGGCCAGUACAUUCAUUUCCUGUGUGACCCCUUCUCUUACCACUCAGUCAUCAGACAAGGCAGACACCUGGACUGGAGGAAAUUCCACUUUGCGACAUCAGUCAAGGCAUUUGGCCAUGACAGCUUCGACCCUCGGCAUGGCCACACCACAGAAAAUCUCCAUCAGACUUUUCUGAAGACUUUGCAAGGUGAGGCAUUGCCUUCCCUGAUUGACAGCAUGAUCGAGCAUCUCCAAGAUGUAAUGUUGAAGUCCACCACACUCAGUCCGAGCAAGGAUCGCUGGGAAGUAGAUGGCAUUUUUGCUUUCUGCUACAAGGUGAUGUUUGAGUCCGGCUACCUUACAUUGUUUGGCAAAGAUCUCGGUGAGGAUAAGUGCCAGGCCCGGCAGGCAGCUCAGAAAGCCUUGGUGCUGAAUGCAUUGGAGAAUUUCAAGGAGUUUGACAAAAUCUUCCCAGCUUUGGUGGCAGGCCUGCCGAUCCAUGUCUUUAAGAGUGCCUACAGUGCUAGAGAGAACCUAGCAAAAACAAUGCACGCUGAAAACUUGUCAAAGAGGGAGAACGUUUCGGACCUGAUCUCUAUGAGGAUGAUCCUGAACGAUUCAUUAUCCACCUUCAAUGAUAUAAGCAAGGCCAGAACUCACGUCGCGCUGCUCUGGGCUUCACAGGCUAAUACCUUGCCUGCAACCUUUUGGAGUCUUUUUUACAUGAUAAGAAGUCCAGAUGCAAUGAAAGCAGCUCGCGAGGAGGUGCAAAGAGUAUUGGAGGCUGCAGGUCAGACCGUGAACCCAAAUGACCCCACAAUAAACUUGAAAAGGGAACAAUUGGAUAAUAUGCCAGUUUUGGACAGUAUCAUCAAGGAAGCCAUGCGUUUAUCCAGUGCUUCCAUGAAUGUGCGUGUUGCCAAAGAGGACUUUUUACUUCACCUUGACAACCAGGAGGCAUAUCAUAUACGGAAAGAUGAUGUCAUAGCCCUGUAUCCCCCCAUGCUGCACUACGAUCCAGAAAUCUACGAAGAUCCCUAUGAAUAUAAAUUUGACCGAUUUCUGGAUGAAACCGGUCAGGAGAAAACCACUUUCUUUCGCCAUGGCAGAAGAUUACGCUAUUUCUACAUGCCCUUUGGAUCUGGGGUUACCAAAUGCCCUGGCAGAUUUUUUGCCAUCUAUGAAAUUAAGCAAUUCUUGACUUUAGUUCUGUCUUACUUCGAAAUGGAACUUUUGGACCCUGCCAUCAAAGUCCCACCACUUGACCAGUCACGUGCUGGUUUAGGAAUCCUUCAACCGACAUAUGACAUUGAUUUUAGAUACAAAUUGAAAUGUAACGUUUAAUUGUUUUGUUGUUGAGAAAAAUAACGACAUUUACAUGUUAUGUCCAAAUGUACAUAGUGUAUAUUUAAAUGUCAAUGUAGAGGUUGUGCUACUUAUGUAAAUAGAUGUUGCACUGCUGUAUAGCAAAGCACUGAUUUGUUGCUCCGGAAUAUCAAUUCUGCGCCUGUCCUGCAAUCAAUGCAUUUAAAUUUUUUAUCAUUAUGAUGAUGAUGAUGAUGAUUAUU